AACUGUGUCUUUGAUCAAUCUUGCUACAAAACCCAAGACAAACCUCUCAUCUACUUCCGUCCUUCCACAACACUCUCACACAUCCAUAAUGGACGCUACCACAACACAAGUCCAGCCUCUGGCUGACCGUUCCACCAACACCCACCUUGCCAACGCCAACGUCGACAAGACAGACAUGAAGUCUGCCGAUCUGUCUUCAAUGGAGUACCACCGACAGGCGCUGCAGGGCAAGCAGGAUAGCGGCGAGAAGCAACCAGCUGCCUAUGUCUCGCCUUCGGACGAUAUCAUGAGCCCCUGCACAAAGAAGCUGAGCGAUAUCAAGGGCAAGCGAUUCAAGAAUGCCGGCAAGCCCCAGUCUCUCUUCGCUAAGCUGGGCAAGAAGAGCUACGAGCAAUCGUCAUCGGCCGAGCAAGGUCGAACCACAGAAUAAAUGCAGCACUCGAACGAGUUUUUGCUGCAUUAUGAUGUGUAUUUGUGUUCUUC